AUGAAUUUCAAGAAGCGUUCGGCCAGGGACUAUCAAUUUGGCGCUACCAUUGGUGAAGGGUCGUAUUCGACCGUUUACUCCGCCGUUGAUUUAUUUAAUAAGAAGACCUAUGCAAUAAAAGUCCUUUCAAAGAGGCAUAUAGUCAAGGAAGAUAAAAUCAAAUACGUUAACAUCGAAAAGACCACUUUACACAGAUUAGGUUUACAGCAUCCCGGGAUUGUUCAGUUGUACUACACUUUCCAGGACGAAUCUAGUCUUUUUUUUGUACUUGAUUUUGCCGAAUAUGGAGAGCUACUCUCUAUUAUCAGAAAGUUUGGUUCAUUGAGUGAACAAGUCCUGCAUUUCUACAUGUGUCAGAUUAUCGACGCCGUCAAAUUUAUCCACUCCAAGGGGGUAAUUCACAGAGAUUUGAAACCAGAGAAUAUUUUGGUGGGCUUCGACUUUAAUUUGAAGAUUACUGACUUCGGAGCAGCCAAACUUUUGGGUAACAGCAACGAUACAUCCGAAGAAACAAUUGAUUUCAAUGGCAUUUACAAGGAUCAAAUAAGAGAUGAUUCCAAUGGGGUUGACAGAAAGGCUUCGUUUGUCGGUACAGCUGAGUAUGUUCCUCCCGAAUUAUUGAAAGACAAUGUCUGUGGGUUUGAAACUGACAUCUGGGCAAUUGGAUGUGUCCUAUACCAGUUCUUCUACGGUAAUCCUCCCUUCAAGGGCCAAACUGAAUACUUGACGUUUGAGAAGAUAAUCAACGUUGACUAUUCUAUCAAGCCAAAUAUCCCAUUACCCAACGAUGUGCUUCAAAUCAUCGAAAACGUAUUGCUCCUUGAUCCCUCCAAGAGACUUACAAUUCCCCAAAUUCAAGCUGCUGGCUGGUUUAAAAAUGUUCAAUGGAAUGAUCCUAACUUCAUUUGGGGAAGAAAAGUACCUAGGUUCGAGCCAUACGAUCCUUCAAGUAUUAAGAACGGGUUCCCUUCAUCACCUUUCACAACAUCGAUUAGAACAGGCUCUAACAGGGAUAUGAACAAAUCGAGCUCGCAGCAUCAAUUACAUUCCCAAAUACAGAGCUCCGAUUUCAACUUGAUUCCAACUAUUGGGGCUAAAAAGUCAUACGACACUGCUACUAAAAUCAAAAAGUUACCUGGUCCUGGAGUCAAUUACAGUCCAACACACCAAGGUUUGGCGAUCCAGCAGUCUCCCCAAAGCAUCAACCAGUCUCCAUCGGUAAUUCCUAUCUCGCAAAUAACACAACAAGCCAUCUCACAACACGUUCCCAACUUGACACAAUCUAAUUCUGGUAUGAUUCCUCAAGCCUACCAGCAGAAAUCUGUUCCAACCCAGGUGUACCCCCAAAAUUAUGGGUAUAUGGCCAUCAAUGGCAGUCCAAACCAGAAGUCAAAAAACAGCCAAAUUCAACAAGCUCCAUCCUCUCGUCCAACUGUACGCUCAAAUAAUUCUUUUGCUGCAAAUUCUCAAACUGCUGUUCCGAAGUAUCAAAGCAGAUCUGUUGCAGAAACACAAAAUUCGUCAUCUUCGUUGCCAUAUAACCUUCCUCAGCAAAAGAGUGCUUACAAUAUGAACCAAGCUUCUGCAGCAGCGGCUGCUAUCUCAAAUAUGAAAAUAAGUGAUCCCAAGGCACCUUCACCUCCUAAAACAUCGUCAGGAUCGGUGUCUCCAACAAGAGGUACACCAGCGAAGAAACAAGUCAAUCUGCCUGUUCUCAAGAUAAAGUUCAAGGAGAUUUCACCGCUUUUAUUGCCGAGCGAAAAGAUCCUCAAGCUUGAUGUUAUAAUGAAGCUGCAGUUGGACUCUAAGGUUCGUAAGGCACUGAAGUUGAGUGACGAUGUGAUUGAAACAUUAAUUACAAGCCAUCAACGUAGUUUGGACCUGACUGCAAAACCGGUGGUGACAAUCAUCACUAACAUGGCUCGUGUGUUCUUCAUCGAUGGGGCAUUAAAUGUGAUGCUUAUUGACUUAAAAGCCAAUCAAGGAGGAGAUUAUCUGAUGUACGACUAUGAGUUCGAAUCGAUUACUGUGGACAGUGAUGAUGACGUUCCUGAAGAUGGAGAAGAUGUCUAUGGUUACCUCAUAAUAGAGUUGAUCAGAGAGAAAGGAGACUUGAUUUUCUUGAAGAGAAUCAAUAAUGAUUCAAAACCUAUUAAGGAUAUGGUGGCUGUUGUUGAUAAGGCUGGAAAGGAAGUAAAACUUGGUUCUGACUACGGAUGGAUAGACUGCCUAUUGAUUGCGAAGGAUAUGGUUGCGAAACAAAAUGCCUCAAACGGCAGCCUGGCCAAACCAAAAGAAAAGGAAGCACCACCCCCCAAAAAAACCAGACCAAAAUCCUCCUCUAGUGCCGCUAAAUCCACUCCCAGUAUCCCAAUCAAGAAGGACAAGACGCCGGAAGCUGGAAGUAAACUGAAGGAUACUAAAGGAUUUGCAUACUUGGCAGCAGCCGCUGCCCAUAAACACUAAGAGACACUAUAUUCGACCAAUGUAUUACUAUGUUCAGGCAUUCAUUAUUUCAAAAAUAUAUACACAAGAUUCUUUACAGACUACAUCAUUUGGAAAUGUCAAUGGCAUACUGAAGCCAGUCCUUAUAUUGACACUUUUGACUGAAAGUUUCAGCCGUUUGGUUCUUCAAGAUCGACUCGACAGUCGUUUCGUUUUGCACCCAAUUCUCUAUAGUUUCGAUCUUGGCGCUCUUUUGUUCAACUUGUUCCUGGUAGUCUCGCAGAGCGUAAGGGUUCAAUCUCAAAUCAAACUUUUGUUGUACAUCUUUAAUGUCACCGACAGUGGCCCCGAUUUCCUGGCGCAAGCUCUGGGCAUAGUCAGAGCAGUAUCGGAUGGCUUGAGCUCUUGCAUUCCAUUCAGGUACAAUCGUGCUGGUAAAGAAUAUAUCGCACUUGCUGGUAUCAAUCUCAUUCAAAUGAGUUCUGACAGUAUCAUCAGUGGCAAUUCGGGAGAGCACAAGAAAUGCCCUGAUACGUGACGAGUUUACACAAUUCUCAGGCAGGAGAAGUUCCUGGACAGUUUGUGGAACACUCAUAGCUUCUACUUUCUUCAAGGGAAUGUUUUUGUUGGAAGACCACACUUUGAAUAGAUUUGAAAAUUAGGAAAAGCUGAUGCGGAAUGCGAAGCAUGUUAAUGUAAGCCCCGUCUACAAAAUGUACUUGUGGAUGAAAUUCCAGAC